AGAAUGGACAUGAAGUUAACGGUUUCAUUUAUCUGGAAUCCUUAUUAAUUGCUUUUAGGACAUUAUCUAGAAAGAGAGCAAAGAGGCAUUCACCAGAUUCAGAGAGUAUUAGGUUGUUGUUAUUCAGUCACUAAGUCGUGUUGGACUCUGUGACUCCAUGGACUUUAGCAUGCCAGUCUUCCCUGUCCUCCAGGGAGGAUUCAACCCCAAACCCAACUUCCCCAGAAUGCCAGGAGUACAGGAGGGGAGUGAAGUCCGGCACCUUCCACCAGAGGCCCGAAAAUCACACGAAAUACAUCAACUCCUCAUUGUCCGGGGAUCUGGGGUCCCAUGGGUCCAGGUGAUCUCCCAGGGUGACAGUGAGCUCAAACCAGGGCUCCUCCCCUUGCCAGCAGCUCAGGGCAGAAGGGUGAGGCCUGACAGCUCGCCAUGAAAUCAUGGCCCCAGAAGCACGGGGGGUCCCCCUCCCGGGGUGCCCCUCAACCCCCCCCAGCCCCCCGGUCAGGACCGUUGCUGUUCACAUGGUUUCUGAGACCCCUCUGCCACCCUCAGUUAUUUCCUUCCCCAGAUCUCCCCGUCCUGGGCCCCUGUCUGUUCUUUUCCCGUCUUCUCAGGUGUCCCCUUUGUUUUGGAAAAACACAAGAUGGGGCAGACAUGCUCUGUGUAACCGGACCCAGACGCCCGCCCCACGCCGCCUGUCCUGUCCUGUAAUCCUGUCCCCCCGCUGCAGCCGGGCUAAGAAGCGAGGCUCCCGGGCACGCUCCUCAUCACAACCCAGACCUUUCUCAAAACUGGUCAGCACCUCAGUUUCCCCCUCCAUCACGCAGGAAAAACAAACUGUUCUCCCCAGUCCUGUGUGUAAAACACUGAGAGGGGAAUUUCCCUGGCCCUUCCACUGCCAGGCACCUGGGUUCUAGCCCUGGCAGGGAGACUAAGAUGCUGCAAGCCUGGCAGGGUGCGGCCAAAAAAAAAAAAAAGCAAAAGACAUCGUGAGACGUGUUCUUGGGCAGCAGUUGAUUCUGAAUGGCGCUGUGGGUUGUUUUCUGUUCCAGCAGCUGCCUGCACUGAGCGUCUUUGUCCACAGCAGUGACCGCUUCUAGUCCCGGAGAAGCUGAAAUCCGGAUGGCCCCGCUCAGCCUCGCUGAGAGGGUCACGGAGGAGGGUCGCCUCCCUGACCUCCCGCUCUGUCCUUCUGCCCCCGCAGCUCGUCGCCGGCCCGGCAGCUCACCUUCCUGCACCAGGGCGUCCUGAGCAGCGUCUACUUGCCGGUGGGCGACCGCCCCAUAUCCUUGCUCCAGUGGCUGUUACAGCUGCUGACAUGGCCUCCAGAAACUUCUUCGAGAGCCUUUGGUCUCCUGUGGGACCUCAGCCUGGACGGGCUCUUCCGUCAGUCCGCAAGGCCGGCCUGAGCCAGAGUGAGCAACAGGACGCCCUCCAGGAGGUGGCCUUGGACAGCAGCCUGAACUACAUCUGUAAGUUCCUAACACUGUGUGCACUGGCCCAGCCAGGGGCCUACACUGACCAGAACCUUCUGGACUUGAUUGAGCUGCUAUGCCGAGCUGGCCUGGACACCAGACUCCGCCUGCUGCCCAAGACUGAUCUCCAGCAGCUUCUGCUCCAGCUCCUGGAGAACAUCCGAGAGUGGCCGGAAAAGCUCCGGCAGCUGUGCUGCGCCCUGAGUCGAGCAUCUGAUCACCACCACAACCUGCUGGCACUCGUGCAGCUCUUCCUGGACGUGACCCCGCGGAGCAGGCAGCUUCGAGGCCAGCUCAGCCUCCUGGUCAUGGCACGGCUGCUGAACCAGCAAGAGAGGCUCCCUCUCUGGCAGGAGAAGGCCCAGCUGUCCUCGCUCUGCCAGCUCCUGAGCCUCAUGAGGCCAUCAUCCCUGAGGUGGUACCUGGGCCCUGAGACCAUGCUGCCUGGCCAGGAGCAACAGCCAAAAGCCAGUGCCCAGCUCGACCACAAGGUCUGCUACCUGUGCCACAGCCUCCUGACCCUGGCCGGGGUGGUGGUCAGCUGCCAGGACAUUACUCCAGACCAGUGGGGAAAGCUGCAGCUGCUCUGCAUGCAGUUGGACCGCCACAUCAACACCCGUAUCCGGGAGAGCCCCCAGGCCAUGCAUUGGACCACACUCAAGGACCUAGCUGCCCAGACCCACACCCGCUGGCAGGAGCUGCUGGCACAGUGCCAGCCCCAGGCCCAGUACUUCAGACUCUGGGAAGGUGUCUAAUGGAGCAGGGCAAGGGUGGCCCGGUGCUCCUGGCUCGCAAGAACUGAACAUGGCCUAGGUAACGAGUCAUGGAGGAUGGAGGCCAGGAGAAGACCAACCAGCCGAAGCGAGCGCCUGCCUCCCCCGCUGCCCUGAGGCCCGCUGGGCAAGGGUUCUGCCUUGCACGUCUCCAUCCCUUCCCCAUUGUCUCUGCUCCCCAAGACCAUCGUCUCCAAAACUCUGGUUUCCCUGGGCCUCCCGAGCCCCCCAGCCACCAUCCUCCCCACCCUCCUCCACUUCUCCCUGUGUUGUUUAUGUGAGGGUUCUUUCUGCACACUAAAGUCUCAGCAUCAGUGGUUUAGAA